AUGAUGAUGGAAACGUCUCCAUCGUCCUCGCGGUCCAGCACCCACCUGCGGCCCAAGAGAGCGCCCACCCUUGGGAACCUCGCGAACGUGGCCAAUUUGAGCGUCAUACCGGCUUCCGAGCCACGGACCAGCCGCAGAGCAUACUUUGAGGACCACUUGGACCAGAGUUUGGCACACCUCAAGGAACAAGUCCUACGAGCGCAUGACCGGGAGCUGGGCUCCGCUUCCAGCGCGCGGAGAGGGAACCGCGACUCCCAGCGCGAGGCGGUCUUCUUCCCGACGAACCUCCCGACCUCGCCGACGCUGCAGCCGGACCCGCCCUUCUGCGCGGUCGACAUUCCCGAGUUCACUGACGGCUCGGACGGCAGCAGGACGGUGAGUGCGACCUCCAGUCGGAGUCACAGGAACGAGAGGAAAGGAACGAACCAGUCUGCGCUGUCGAUGACCUUGAUCGAGAAUGGUCUAGAGGAGUUGAUGGAUGGCCCACGUGUGGGCCGCGUUGGCUCGGGGGAGACGACAGGCACCUCCCUGACCGAUGAAGCCUCCGCCGCGAUCAUUAAUUGGGCCGACUUGGUCACCAGAGCACUUCUAGAUGCCGACGUCCCCACGUUCCACUUGCACACGAGAUGGAAUGAGACUACCAGCAGUUACAAGCCUCGUGAGCUGAAAGAUGGCAAGGAUGGACCGUGGUUGGGUCUCUUCAACUUGGGGGCUCGUUCCACGUCCUUGGACACCUUGCUGAAGACGCAGCAGGUCAGUGGCUUCAGUGUAAAGGCUCAGCGCUGCCGCCUGCAUCCGAACUCCAAUCUUCGACUAGCCUGGAUUCUCCUCACCAUCUUUGCAUGGAUCUGGGAGUUCCUCACCCUCCCGCUCGACUUCUCCCGCGGGCCGGAGCUUAGUUUGAUCUUCAUGUUCAUUUGGACAGUGGACAUCCUUUUGAGCUUCAUCACGGGAGUCUAUGUGGAUGGGCGCAUGCAUAUGGAUUUGAAGACCAUUGCCAAGGAGUAUGCGAAGACAUGGCUCUUCUUAGAUGCCAGCAUCGUCGUUAUCGAGUGGACCGCGCUCUUCACCCAGGACAUCGCCAACUCCACGGUCUCGAUCUUCCGCUCCUUCCGCUUCGUGAGGCUCAUGAAGUUGAUGCGCUUCAAGAAAUUGCACGCCAUCUUCAGUGAGAUCCUCUUCGAACGAGCCAGGGUCUUGUCCGCAAAUGUCUCCAUCUUGAAGACUUGCCUGGCCUACUUGGGUGGGCUACAUGUGAUGGCGUGCCUGCUUCUCUUCAUUCGGACAUCGACCUCGGAAGGGCUGGAGGUCUUGAAAGAGAAGGGCGUGUCCGAGAAUGACAUGGCCUAUGCCUACUUGAUCUCUGUGCACUGGGCCUUGGACUUCUUCUUAUGGUCCGAGAUCGAUGUGGCCGAUAGCGCGACGGAUCUCAUCUUGAGUGCAGUGAUGCGAGUGGCUGGCUUUGUGGGGACCUCCAUCUUUUUGGCGCGCAUCGUCUUCUUGGUUCAACAGUUUGUGGAUGCCAGGUUGAGCAAUCUCCAGGAUGUGUGCAACAACUUCCUGGAGUCGCAUCAUAUUACCCCGGAGCUCUCCAUCCGCAUGAAGAAGUUCGUAGUGUCGUGUCACCAGCAAUCCUGGCUGGAGAGCAAGCUCAAGGAGGAGCAGCAGCUUUUGUCGAAGAUGCCGGAGAUCUUGCAGUCAGAUUUGUACGAGGAGUCCAGGGGCCCGAACCUCUGUAAGAGCACCUUCUGGAAUGAGUUUCAGGAGAAGUUCCGCGCCUGUUUCCGCCACGUUUGCAUGGACGCGGUGACGGAGGUCGUGGCACAAAAGCACGACAUGAUCUUCACCGAUUUCCAUCACGCGCAUUCCACGCUCUACAUUUUAUCGGGCUCGUUCUGCUACACGCUGGCGAGGAAGCACACCUUGUUGGGGCAGCUGGGCCAACUGCUGGCUCCCCGACAUGUGCGCUCACGCAAGGUGAAGGUGGAAGGUGGUCGGAGCAUCUGUGAGAUUGCCCUCUGGACCAACUGGAUCCACACAGGCUCCCUACAGGUGCUGAAGAGCGGCACCUACCUGUCGGUGAACGUGGAAGUGGCCAGCGACAUCAUCGCUGCCUAUCCGGAAGCCCAGCGCACCGCGCACGCGUACGGUCGCAUGGUGGUGAUCCAGCUCCAUCACUGCAAGAACGAUUGCACGGACCUGACGCCUUUGGAGAUAGACUUCAAGUCGCUGAGGAAGGUGACGGCGAAGUUCAUGACAGAGGGCCACUGCAUCUUCCUGACGCACUUCAAAAAGGAGGCAGGGACAGAGGCGGCGCUCAUGCAGGAAGCCCUUACGAGCAAGAUUCAGUCAGAUCCACAAAAUCCGGCACACUACUUGGAGCACCCGGUCUUCUUGGACACUGAGAAUCUGGAAGACCUAGCCAAGUUGAGGGACCACAUCCUGGCCAGCCGGAACUUGGUGGUCCUGUUGACACCCGGCAUCUUCGAACGGCCGUGGUGCUUGGUGGAGAUCGUCACGGCCUUCAAGCAAAACCGGAACAUUGUGUUAGUUGAAAUCCAAAAGCCGGACAUGAAGUUCGAGUUUCCGGAUGAGGAGUUUAUCCUUGACCUUUGUGACGGGAGACUCUUCAGCGAAACGGAUAUGCAAGUCUUUGCACUUGAGCAGAUUGAGUUGACGGACAUUGAGGAGAGGGGUCAGAUGGGUCUUCCCACAUCGAUUUGGGGAUCGGGAGAUCGAGCCUAUCACCGCCCUGGUCCCAGGGAUGUCCCAGGGUAUGCCAGGCUAGGUGGCCUUGCGACACGUGCUCACAAAGAUCGCCCUGCCGUUUUCGCCACACAAAGCGAGCUCGAUCCGGGAUGUGGAAAUCAAAGCGAUCCUGCAGCGGUGUAUCAUGUAGGCGAGAUCUUCAUCAAGAGCCAUAGAGCCCACUUGGCAAGGCGCCCUAGAGAGGAACGGGGGGCACCGAAGUGGAGGAAGUGGAGGAACAUGGAAGUCAUGGAAGUGGAGAAAGCGGUGGAAAGUCUGGAGGUGAACCAACGGGUCGAAGCGACGCAUUCCACCGCGCUUUCACCGCCCGCCGGGCCCCGGCAGCCCGGUGGAGCAGGGCGAAGCAGGGCGAUGCAGGGCGAUGCACGAAGGGAUGUGAAGAUGGAGCUGGGAGAUGCUGGUGGCUUACAGAGGUUCCCAACGUCAAAUCUGCAGAUUGGAGGGAAAUCUGGAGGUGAUGGGCGCCAGCCCGAGAGACAUGAGGUGUUUCCAUUCUCCUUUGAGAUCCGUCGAGACGCGGAUUGGCCGCGCGGAUUGGCCCUCGCAGCUGCUGAAAGCGCCGAGCUCGCCGAGCGGAGGGCCUUCCUGGAGGAGCUGGGCCUGAUUUGCCUAUUCAGCGACCAGUGUAAGAAGUCCCUGCAUGGCGCAGCCAUGCGCAGCCUGCUCGAGGACGAUGCUUGCGAAGAUGACGCCACAGGCAGAGCUUGCCUCGUGCAUCAGCAAGAGAUUGACAGGUGGCGGGAAGAGCCCAAAAUCGUCAACAUGCGGCUCUCGAACUUGGCCAAGACGACCCAGUGGAGGCAGUCCUUGGAGGUCUUGCGCGUGAUGCAACAGCAUGCAGUGCAGAUGAACAUCUUUCAUCUCAGCAACGUGAUCAACGCCUGUGCCAAGGGCGGCCAAUGGCAUUCCGCCAGCAGGCUUUUGGAGGAGAUGCUUCGCCGGAAGGUCCAGCCGGACACCAUUUGCUACAACGCUGCCAUCACCGCCUGCAGAGGCGCUGGGCACUGGAUCGCAGCAUGCUACUUGCUCUUUAGCAUGAGCAGCCAGAGCGCACGACCGAAUCUGAACAGCUUCAACGCGGCCAUCAGCGUGUGCGGCGGAGCGCAGCGCUGGGACUGGGCGCUCCAGUUGCUGGACCUCAUGGGCCAUGCCAGGAUUCAGCGCGACGCGAUCAGCGUUAACAGUUGCAUCACUGCUUGUGACAAGGCGCAUGAAUGGCAAAUGGCCAUCGCACUCCUCGCUGAAGGUAGUGACCUCAUAGGCUUUGCUGGUGCCUUGAGCGCUUGCGCCAGCGCAGCCUGCUGGGCCGAGGCGCUCGCGCUGCUGCGCUCUGCGCCGCCGGUGGACGCAGGGGUGGCCACAGUGUGGAGGGUGUGCUGGAACGCCGCCAUCGAUGCCGCGGAGAAGGCUCAACAAUGGCAAGUGGCCCUCCACUUGUUGCACUGCAUGCCGCUCGAGCAUCAUCUUCUGCCGGACACAAUCAGCUUCAACUCGGCCAUUAGCGCAUGUGACAAGGCGAGCUGCUGGCAAGAGGCGCUACUGUUGUUGCAUGCAGCCACCGAUCGAGAUGCAAUCACCUUCAAUGCCAGCAUCAGUGCAUGUGCGAAGGGCGAGGAAUGGCAGCUGGCCUUGGUGUUGCUGGACAGCAUGCCCGAGCAGCAGCUGCUGCCCGACAUCAUCAGCUUCAACGCGGCCAUCCGCAGUUGCCGUAGCCACUGGCAGCAUGCGAUGCAGCUUUUUUCCGCCGCGGCAGCGGGCGGGCGGCGUUUGGAGGCCUCGAGCUAUGUGGCGGUGCUCGACGCCUGCGCGGCCGCGAAGCUUUGGCAGCGUAGCUUGUCCCUGCUGCGGCGGGUCCCCAAGGAUGGAGGGGAGGAUGUGAGCAAGUGCUACAACGCGGCCAUCAGCUGCUGUCCUUGGUUUUGGGCUUUACAUCUGGCCCCUUGGCGACGGUCAAGGCGGAACAACGGCAUCACUCUGGGCACGGUCUUGCAGUCCCUCAGCCACGCGGGCCGCGAGGACUUGGCGAAGCGUUGGUCCUCGGAGUUGAGGUGCGCUUGGGCCAAGGAGGCUGAUGGGCCGGAGCUCCCGCCAGAGCUCUUGGAGAAGCUUCGACCUGGCGCUUUCCAGGGCCGUGGUGUGCUCGCGAUCUUCAAGCCCGCAGGGGUCAGUAGUGAAGCGGCUGCCGAGCUGCUCCAGGCGGACGCCUCUUCGGCCGGUUGGACUGGAAAGCUCACGUUGGUCUCGCGACUGGAUCGUCAGACCUCCGGCGUGCUGCCCUUGGCCGUGGGGUCUGACUCCGCGGCAUCUGGCAGCUUGGCCUGGCUCCAGGCGCAGUUUGCCGCGCAGCAGGUGAGCAAGGAAUACCUGUGCCUUUGCUGCGGCACUCCGCCGGCCAGAUCCGGCCGCCGGGUCAUUGACUCACCCCUACGGCUGCAGCGUUCACGCCCCUCCAUUGGCGAACCACGCGUGGUGAAUCAUCCACGUGGAAAGGAGGCGCGGACGGAGUAUGAAGUCAUCGAGGUCUUUGGGACCAGUGCGUCGCAGGUGCUGUGCUUGCUCCGGGUGUGCCCAGUAACCGGCCGGACGCAUCAAAUCCGUGCACACCUGGCAUCUGUGGGACUGCCCUUGGUGGGAGACCGAAGCUAUGGCGACCCCAGCAGGUUCACCUGCCGCACCUUCCUCCACUGCCGCACCGUGGCGCUGCAAGACCUCCACGGCGCGCCCUUCCGCGCGGAAUUUCCUCUGCCCGAGGAGCGGCGAGCCAGCGGUGGGGUGAGGCCCACCACGCCUGGCUCCAGACCCACCUCCCCAAUGCCCACGGCCGAAUCGCCGUCCAAGUCUGGUAGCAUGAAGCGCAACAACAGCAUGACACGGCUGCCGGACGAGGCGCCAGGGACCACGGAGAAGGGAUACACCCCAACCAACUCUGACAUGUCGAGGCCUGGCUCGUCGGGCUCGAGCCGCAAGCAGGGCGGGCUCUUGACGCUCCCCAUUGAGGCGGUCAGCAGCCACGCUCCGGGCUAUGGAGGAUACUCUGGCUCAGCCGGAAACUCGCCGAAGAAGUCCACCCGUCCCACGACUCCCACGUCCAACAUGCAGCGCUUGCCGGACGAACCUGUCGAGGGUGCACUGGAGCCCCGGCCGCCGCAGGCGCCGGAGGCUCCACCGGCUCCGGUGCAGAACAAGAUGAGCGCCAUGAGGGAACGCCUCCGCCCCAUCAAGACGCCUGCCGUGAAACCACCAGAGCCUCUCACCAAGAAGAUCGACAAGAUCUUCCGUACGCUGAAGCAAGGUGAAUCGAUCAACGACACCUAUAACUUCGAAGAAGAGAUCUACAGCGGAGGCUGCAAGGGCCGCGUCUUGGUGGCCCGGCGGAAAGUCGACGGGCAGGAGGUGGUGGUGAAGAUUCGCGCGAAGCAGAACAACAGGAUGACGGAGCGCAACUGGCGGACGAUUAUGGCCCAGAUGCACGGAAUUUCCACCAGUGACCAUGUACUGGGCUUUUCGGAAAUUGUGGAAGGCGAGAACGAGUUCUUUGUGGUGAUGCCAAAGUGCAACGGUGGGGAGCUCUUUGAAUUCUUGGCCAAUGAAACCGAGGUCCCCGAAGCAGAGUGCAAGCGAAUCAUCCGGGAGAUUUUGACCGCAGUAGGACACUUGCACGCGAACAAUAUCAUCCACAGAGACAUCAAGCCUGAGAACAUCAUGUUCGACAUGGACUUGCAGUUGGAAUACUCGCCGAAGACGGUGAAGCUCAUCGACUUUGAUACCUGCCAAGAGUGGACGCCUCAAACCCCCAAGAGUCAGCGAUUUGUGGGCACGCCUGGCUACAUUGCGCCAGAGGCGCUACAAGGUCAGAUGUCCCCGCAGUCGGAUCUGUGGUCAGUUGGGGUGAUCCUCUAUAUCCUCAUGACCGGGGAGAUGCCUUGGAGUUCGCUCGUGAGCCUCGAGGAUGGCCUGGUGGGAAGCCCCAGCGCCAAGCAGAUGUACCGGGCCCUUAAGGCGGAGGUUUUAGAGUGGGACGAAGCGCCGUGGCCCGACUUCCCCUUGGCACGAGAUCUCUGUCAAAAGCUUCUAGCCUUUUCCCUCGAGGAGCGCAUGAAGGAUUGCGACGAGGCCUUGAAUCAUCCCUGGCUCAAAGAAGGAUGA